AGUCCCUGAAGGACACCAAUCAAACACUGUCAUAGAAAAGAUAAAGUAAACAAUGGCACAAUAGAUUGGCUAGGUCCAAUCAAAGCACCAAUUACACCCAAAAAAUCCAAUAAAAAGUCUCUUUCAGAAUAUAGACACAACAGCUUCACGUGUAGUAAUGAGAAAGAAGAGGUUUUAGACAGUUUAUCGAUGACGACUUUGGCUUUUGAAAGAAAAGACUCAAAGCAUCAAAUUUUAUUUAUUUUUUAUAAAGGCAUUGGAGGCAAUUGAGCUGUAACUUGCUUCUCUUUUUUUCUUUUAAUUCCUGCCUUAGUACACCCACAGAAACAGCAUUCUUACUUCAGAUAAAAAAUACCUGAUAUUGUACUAGAGAACAAAGCAUAAACUACUUUACCACAGUAGCCGUGUAAAAUAUUCAAAUAUGGCUAAAUAUUGUGUAAUGACAAGCCGCCACCACAAUAUUAUAGUGUUUGGGGCACAAGAACAGCACUGUCGUGAAAAAAAAAUUCUACGGCCUUGGCUGUUUGUGGCUUUCAUAGCGAAUUAUUUUGUGGUUUGUAUAUGUCUUUCCACUUAUCCUUUAUUAAACGGUAAGUUUAACUCCGCACACACCUUUUGUUUAGACAGUUCACUGGAAAUCCACGCUGUGUUUACUCCACGCAUUACAACGUAACGGUUCAAACGUCACAUUCCGUCCCCUCCCCUUAGCAACAGAGGCAACAUGGCGGCGUCCAGUACCGCUGAUCCUUCUCUAGAGAUAUCGAUGCCUUUAAAGAUCCCAAAAACCGAGGUGCCAUCCCCCGAGUCGGAAGAAUACAGUGACAGUAAUCAAUAUCACUCAAAUCCACCGACACCGAACCGCUUCUCGCCCCUUAAUGUAGGCUCAGGCAGCGCGGGCCGGACGGCGGCCUCAUCCUCCAACAGCUUCACGGCUUGCCGCGGGAUGUCGUGGACGCCGGCCGAGACAAACGCCCUUAUCGCAGUGUGGGGCAACGAGAGGCUUGCGGAGGCGAGGAUGCAGCAGCUGGAGGUGGCUGGCACCGUCUUCUCCGGUAAGGCCCCCGGUCCUGCCAUGUACGAACGAGUGUCCAGAGCCCUGAUGGAGCUGGGAUACGACAGGACUCCCUCCCAGUGCAGGGAGAGGAUGAAGACACUGCGGCGGUGUUAUAGCCGUGUAAAGGAGCACGGUAUUGGGAAGAGGAAGAGCAGCUACACUAUAGAACAGCUGGAGAAGGUGUUUGGUCAGGGAGGCUGGGACUCCCAGAGCUGUGCCCCAGUGUUGAUCAACAGCAGUGGUCUGUACCAGGAGAUGGAAUCUGAUGGCAGCACCCUGGAAGACUUCUCCCAGGAAGACUGGUGCAACCAGGUACUUGACUCAGCAUUCCACGAGGGAGACAUGGAUACUGAAGAAAACCAGGUGUUUAAAAACAGAGGUCUACAGUUUCAAGCGGAGCUGCCACGACAGAUCCAAAAAGGGGGCCCAAUGCAGACUGUGGUGCAUAUUCUCGAGUCGGUCGAUUUGAAAUGGGAGUAUUUUCAAACUUGGACAGAGUUUUCACGGCUGCACCUCUCAAACAAACUAGCCAUCUUUGGCGUGGGCUACAACACUCGUUGGCGGGAGGACAUUCGCUACCACUAUGCUGAAAUCAGCUCGCAGGUUCCGCUGUGCAAGCGGCUGCGAGAGUACUUUAACCCUGAAAAGCCCGAGGGCCGUGUCAUCAUGACCAAAGUUCAAAAGAUGAACUGGAAGAAUGUUUACUACAAGUUCCUGGACAUCACCAUCAGUGAAGCACGCUGUCUGGAGCUGCAUCUACAAGUGGACUGGAUCCCUGUCUCUCAGUCCCGGGAUACGGGGAACAGCAAAGACAAAUGUCACUACCUCCUUCCUGCGGACAUCCCCAAGUCCUAUGGACUUUUUGCUGUUGGCUAUGAAGCAGCACCAUCGUCCAGCAGUUUAGCUCAGAUCCUUGGCCAAGAUGACAGUGAAGAUCUUGGUUUACCUCAGAGUGAUUCUGAAAAUGGGCCCCAAAGUCAGGCUGAUAUGGAAGGACCAGGACAGAGCGAGGGAACGGAGGCUAAAAUCACAUACUGCUAUUUAGGAGUAGCCGAGGAGAAAACUAUACAGCAGUGUCUGUAUCAGCACUUUCACGGCCCUGGCAAACAUCCUGUUCACAGUGAGCCCCUAGCUUUGACGCGUUUCCUGCAGGAAAACUGCCACAGUGGUUUCACAUGUCAUCCUGGUGAGGGAGUAGAAAACUCAAUCCAAGUUUUUAAUAUUUACAUAAAAUGUAUUGAGGUGGAGCUGGACUUCCUCUCAGCAGGGUCCCUGGUGGAGUGCCUCGAAACUGCCGUGGGCUACCCUUUGAAAUACAACAACAAAGACACAUUUUGACUUCACACACAUCACAAUUGUGUUUGUGACAUGUGAUCACUAAAGACAAAAGUUACAGCCAGCACCUCAACGUUACAUGGCCAAGUCCGUUACAAGACAUGGACGUGUUCAUGAUCCUGACACGGUUGUGCCAUCUCUUUAAAGGCAACUUUGUUACAUUUUCAUUCACUUAAAGAUUGACAGUUGUACACAAUAUGUCACAUGUACUGUGUGUCCACAUGGAAACAGUCGGGUAACUUUUGAUGUAUGUACUCUUAAUUUUUGGCUGACGUGCACUAUACACAAAAGUUUCUGCUGCUUGUUUAGUGUAGAUAACUGUUGCUUUAUCAGGGAAUGUGGGGUUGGCAUGGUGACUACAGCAGUAUGCAUCAGUCUACCUCAGUAGGAUGUAGCUAACAAGGUAGUGAGGGGAUCAUAGUGUGGAAUUCAUAGAUUGCCUUUAUUUUGACUGUUGGCGUCUGGACCUGAAUUUGAAAACAUUUAAGGCCUUUCCAUCAUUUUCACCUUCUGUGUCGUCCAUUACACAGAAAUAGACCUGUGUAUAAAAGGAGUAUUGGGGGUACACACAAAACUAGGCAGACAAAUUAUACUUGCAACAGUUUCUUAUACACAAUCAAAAAUAUUUGACAGUUCCUCACAAGUACUAUUCUAAUUUUUAUACAAAUUACUUUAGUGAAAAGUUUUAGUAUUUAAAAUCUCUUUGAAAAGCAAAUUGUUUUAUUUAUUUGGUGCAUCCCCAUGAAUACAUAAAAAUGUGAAUUGGCUGUUAUUGUUAAAUAUUUUGUAAAAUAUCCUAAAACAUGUAGCUCCGAGUCACAUUGGUUCGCUUCAAUAUAUACACUUGGCCUUAGGAAUAUAUACAAUACAUCACCUCACUGAUUUCCCUGGUGAAAAUGCAAUUACGGAGAAGUAUAUUAAUCUAAAUUUCACAUAAACAUGAGUGUAUAUAAUUGCAUUAGUUUGAAUCUGACAUUAACAUCAGACAUGGUUAGUUUAGAACAUUAUGUUUUUAAAACAUAUUUUCAAACCAUCUUUGCCUCCUGAGACAACAAUAUUUCACCAAACUCAGAUACUCUGAAUUCAACUGUACAGAAGGUUGUUUUUUGUUUUUGUUUUUUUUUUUUGUUUUUGUUUUUUUUUUUGGUGUCUAACCAUUGGUGACAUAUCUUUGGUCAUAGAGUUCUAGAUUUGUUAAAUGAGACCAAAUGAUAUGCUUUGAGUAUGUGUCAUAAUUCUGCAGGUUCUUGUUAUCAUUGUUUUUGUUAGUGUUUUUAACUUUCCUAAUUAUAUUUCCGAUAAAAUUUCAUAGCUGUUUUUUAAAACACACCUUAGUAGUGUGUUUCGCUAGACAAGUACUCACAAAUAUCCACACCAUAGAUUCUUAAAACUGACAUUUUCUUAGAGUGACUUUCUGUCUGAAAAGCUUGACAAUGAAAAAUAUGGAGAGGCCUUAAAGUGUUUUUCUGGAUCUAGGAGAUGCCUCUAUGCAAAUGAAGGUCAAGGGGAAAUUAAUCAGUUUUUGGCUUAUGUGGAUAAGCAUUCGUCCAGCAGUCAAGAUGCUCUGUCGCAUCUGGUUGUUUCAGCUCAGCACCUGAAAGUAGCUGACCAUUACUAGCAAAGCCACGCAGAAGUUCCCAAAGGAAAUUACAUUUUUUUACACUACAUCAUGCAUCGCAUCAUUUCAUUCCUUUUCUGCUUAUUUUACAUCAAGAUUUGUAAAGAAUGUGUGUAGAACAGAACUGCAGAUGCUGUACUGCAGUGGCUCCCAAACCUUUAUUUGCAACGCGCCCUGUUGAAAACAAAACUCACAAUUUCAGACACUGUGAAACGACGUUACGUAUUAGUGAAUUUCCUCACUGCAGCAAAAAUAAAGGAUUUACUGAAACCUUCCCUUCAAUUACAUCGUGCCCCAUGGGGAUGAUUGCCCCUCUCUUUGGGAACCACUGCUGUAAAUGUGUGUUGUUGGUUUUUUUAAACACAUGAAGUGUACAUUUUAACUGCUUUUAUGCAUUACCCCUGAUCUUUCACUAGUAUAAUGAAGGUUAAAAUGGUUGUCCGUUGUAUGAUUGUAGAGUUCAUCACACUGUUGACCACAGUGUUCUCACAUUGGUUCCUGUUCAGAAUAUGUUUGUGCCACAUAUUUCAAAACUCUAAUACUGAAAGUUGUUGAUCAUCUCUAGCUGCACUUGUGGAAUGUAUCGGUGUAUGUCCAGUGAUGAUGAUGAUGAUGAUGUAGUUCCCAGAUACUCUCUUUUUUCUCUGUCAUUUUUACCUGCAUCUGUGUUACAGGUAACAAACAAGGUGCUGCUGAUUUGUUAUAAGGCGCAUGUGUGCAGAUGUGAAUCAGGCUGACUGUAAGUUCACUUUAUUCUACGGCCUUUACAGACUAAAAGCUGCAGAGGUUCACUCACAUUUAACGUUCAUCAAAGUUCCUAUGGUCGUCUGCAAUGUGCCAUAAAUGACUGUGUAGUGAAAAUCUACCCACACACGUGGAAGUCAAUUUUGAAUUUAUGUAUAUAAAUUCUACCAUAUAUAUAUAUAAAUAUAUAUAUAUAUAUAUAUAGUAUCUACGGUAUAUAUUUAAGGAUAUUGAUGUUCUUGAGCAUUCCGGCUUUUGCAAUCUCGCAGUGUUUAUUUGUUUGGGUAUACUGCAUAUGAAGAAAAAUAUGAUAUUUUCUAUUUUAUUGGUUGACAAAAUGUCUUGUAUGUAAUUGUUUCCAGGUCUCUGUCUUUGUAUGUUUACAUGUUUGAGGAACAAUAAAGAAGGCACUCACUGUUAUUUGCGACACAGUGAAGGGGAGUUGUUCGACAUUGUUUUUCUUCUAAACUUUGUUGACAAUUUUUCUGACCCUACUAUUAUCAAUCAGAGUCUCAGUUCAGUCAUAGUUUCAUCUCACACUGACUACAUAAAAACAAACGUCAACAUUCAACACAUUCAACAUAGCUCCAGUGGCACAGCGCCACGCAGUGGUUACGUAGAAUUGCUGCUUCUUUAAGGAAAUUUAACGCAUGCCUUGGACUUAGGAAUUUAUUUUC